ACUUCGUUUCCAUGGGAUCUGUGCUACCGGUGUCUGCAAACAGAGGCGGCGAGUUGUGACGUACCGAUUUAGGGAUGCUAAGUGUCCCGCGGAAUAUUUGAAAUAGUGUUUAUAUUCUGUGUUUAAGGAAUUCCUAGAUAUGGAUAAGUACAGAGCACAGUUAUGGGUUAAAACCGACCCGUUUCUCGUGGGUGCUCUGCAGUUGCCGCCCCCGUCUAAGUUCAGCAUGCACUAUUUGCGCAAGAUGUCCACUUAUGUCAGGACCCGCUCUGUGGAAGGCUGCUACCCGCGGCUGUACUGGGUAAUGUGGCGGCACAUCGCAUGUGGCAAGCUGCAGCUAGAGGAGGACACGGCCUGGUUGUACUUUGAAGUGUUCCAUAGCCUGUCUGAGAAGAAUGCACAAAAAAGCCUGGAGUGGGCAGAGGCUGCAUCUAGCUGCACAUCGCUAGAGGAGUAUGAGAAGGUCAAAAGUAAGCUUUCAGUGGAUACUCUACAGUUCCUGCUUUUUCUCUACAUUCAGCAGAUUAAUAAAGUUUCUUUGCGAACUUCUUUGAUUGGGGAUGAGUGGCCAAGUCCAAGAGCGAGAUCACCUACUCCUGAUUUUGCUGGACAAUCAACUUUUCUCAAUAAGAACUGGGAUGAUUAUAGCCAUCUUACCUUUAUACAGACUCACCUUCCCUUUCUUCUUGAGUUACUUUUGGAACCUGACCAGCUCACCAAAUCAUCCCAUUCCAGCCAUAACAGUUUAAUAUCCCUUGAUGCAGUUAGAUCUCUCGGCUUUCUCUUUGAAGGAACAGUGGAUAAGAACAGGACUGUUCAUCUUCUGUUGGAUUUAGCACUUUGGCAGCCAUUGCAAAAUAGAAGUGGUUUUUCCAAGACUUCUAAUACAUUUUCACUGCCGAAGAUGCAGGCUUGGAUAAGGGACAGUCUGGUAAUAAAUCCCUUUGGGAUUUCAUCAUGCAUCAAAACUGGGAGAAAACUAGCAUGGGCACAUCAAGUUGAUGGAUCAAAUAAGAGGGCAAAGGUUGCUUGCAACUCUUACACGGUACCACAUGGUCAUCGUAUGGUUGUUAUGAGUCAGGUUCAUAGACAGACUUUGGCUAAAAGUUCAGAAACACUCGUGGAUGCACGCAUUAAAAUCCAUCGCUGCAAUGAAUCUUAUAUAUACCUGUUAUCUCCAUUAAGAUUUGUGACUGUUGAGAAGUGUCGGAAUAGCACCAUUAUCCUGGGACCUGUUCAGACUACUAUUCAUGUACAAAUGUGCGAUAAUGUGAAAGUAAUAAGUGUUUGUCAACGUUUGUCACUCUCCUCUACAACAAACUGUACCUUUCAUAUUCUCACUCCUACGCGGCCUCUCUUCUUCUCUGGCAACCAAGGUGUGGUCCUUGCGCCUUUUCAUACUCAUUAUCCAAUGCUUGAAGAUCAUAUGGGACAGACUGGUUUAGCAACUUUGCCUAAUUAUUGGGACAGACCUCAUUUACUUUCAUCAGAAAACAUUGACAAAAAUAUCUGGAAGAUGAUGUCCCCUCGGGAAUUUUAUACUUUUGUUGUUCCUUUUGAAAUGGAAGGCGAUACCACAGAGAUACCCGGAGGCCUUCCUCCAGCGUUCCAAAAAGCAAUGGCGCAACGGCAGCAAAAAACACAGAUGUGGCAAAAAACUGUUAAAGAUGCUGGUUUAACAAGAGAGCAGAGAAAACAAUUUCAGAUGCUUGUAGAACAUAAGUUUAAUGAGUGGCUAAUACAGACAGAAAACAGACAUCAACUGGAUAGCCUUGUGCCGCCUUCUGAUGCUACAAAACAGGUUGCAGGAUAGAAGCAUUGAAUCUCCUGAAAUAUUUGGUGUAUAUCCAUCCAUGCCCCCACCAUGAAAGCACUUAACAUCUAAUGCUGCAUUGAUUUUGUAAUUAUUGUAACUUUUUAUUCUGCAUCUUACCUCAGGAACAAAAUGGAAGGAAAACAAGCAAAGAACCUCAGACUGUGUUUUGAUUUUCCUGCAGUUUGGCAAUUGUUUUUAUUGCAUAUUUAAAUGUUGAGAGAGUGAAAUUAAUUUAUGAACAAUAUGUUUGUCUAUGUAGUUUGCCGUUUCUGCCUUGGGGAUGCAAGCUGCUCUCUAAAACCUCACCACAAAUUUUCGAUUUUACAUCCCCAGAAAAUCUUACCUCCAUUCUUUCUUAAUCACUCACUGGAAUUAAACACUUUUUGUUUUUGAGAACUCUGGGGUUGUAUUUGAAGCCCUAGUAGUGAAAUUUAAAAAGCAAAGUAAACAAUAUAAACUUUUACUACACUUUUCACCGGUUUCUUCUUAAUAAAAUGUUUAAUCACCUCUUAUGAAAUAGAUUGCUGGUGGUUUUGCAGUAUUGGACUUUGAAUACAAGAAUUUGUGAAGAUUUUUGGACUAUAAUAUAAACAAUAUUUAAGUAUUUCCAAAGCCUGUGUUAGAUACCAUUUCAUUAAAUUCUCUAUUUUGAGGAAUAGUUGAUUAAAUAUUUUACAUUUCAUUAAAUUGAAAAUAUAUUAAUAAAUAUUUUCUUAUAACUAGAGUGCAGGUUGUUGUUUUUAUAUUAUGGAAUAAAACAAAUGUAAAAAAAUAAAUGAAAAAAAUCUUUGGCCUGCUGCUUUAAUGUAAUCAA